AAUAGUAAGGAACAAACGCAGAAGUCUUCUUUCUCUUCUCAGCUCUGCUUCAUCUCAUUCUCAUCCGCUCAUCAGAACUCAACACCCAUUUCUUAUUGAAAAAUUACGAGUAAAGAAUAUGUCAAACACUGAUCUGAAAACGUCCAAGAAUGAAACCUUCAUUGGUUCCAUUGAUCAAGGCACAACCAGUACCAGAUUCAUCAUCUACGAUAGCUCUGCUCGCCCCAUCGGAUCUCAUCAGGUCGAGUUCACCCAGUUCUACCCAGAAGUCGGGUGGGUGGAGCAUGAUCCGAUGGAGAUAUUGGAAAGUGUGAGAGUGUGUAUAGCCAAGGCUUUGGAUAAGGCUACGGCUGAUGGGCAUAAUGUCGACAGCGGCUUAAAGGCAAUUGGGUUGACCAAUCAGAGAGAGACAACUCUUGUUUGGAGCAAAUCCACUGGCUGUCCGCUUUAUAACGCCAUUGUUUGGAUGGAUGCUCGCACCACUUCCGUAUGCAGGAAAUUGGAGAGUGAAUUACCAGGAGGUAAAAGUCAUUUUGUGGAGACAUGUGGUUUGCCCAUAAGCACUUAUUUUAGUGCAGUUAAGCUGAUGUGGUUGAUGGAAAAUGUGGAUGCUGUUAAAGAGGCUAUUAAGAAAGGAGAUGCUCUCUUUGGAACUAUAGACACUUGGUUGAUAUGGAAUUUAACUGGGGGAACAAACAAGGGAUUACAUGUCACUGAUGUCUCUAAUGCAUCUCGAACAAUGCUCAUGAAUAUCAAAACCCUUGAGUGGGAUGAAACCAUAUUAAAUACUUUAGGGAUAUCAGCUGAACUUCUACCUAAAAUUAUAAGUAAUUCUGAGAUCAUUGGAAAAAUUAGCAAAGGAUGGCCCAUUGCUGGUGUUCCAAUUGCAGGAUGUCUUGGUGACCAACACGCUGCAAUGUUGGGGCAAGCUUGCAAGAGAGGUGAGGCCAAAUGUACUUAUGGUACUGGUGCUUUUAUCCUUCUCAACACGGGAGAAGAGAUGGUCCAUUCAAAUCAUGGGCUUCUAAGCACACUUGCAUAUAAGCUUGGCCCCAAAGCACCAACUAAUUAUGCUCUAGAGGGAUCCAUUGCUAUUGCUGGAGCUGCAGUUCAGUGGCUAAGAGACAGUCUUGGAAUAAUUUCAACUGCCAGUGAUAUUGAGGAGUUGGCUUUAUCGGUUGAUACCACUGGUGGGGUUUACUUUGUCCCUGCUUUUAAUGGAUUAUUAUCUCCAUGGUGGCGUGAUGAUGCUCGUGGAGUUUGUAUUGGGAUCACAAGGUUUACAAGUAAGGCUCAUAUUGCCCGGGCAGUGCUUGAAAGUAUGUGUUUUCAAGUGAGGGAUGUGUUGGAUUCUAUGCACAAAGAUGCAGGUGAGAUGGGUGAGGUUAAGAACGAAAAAGGGGAGUUCUUGCUUAGAGUAGAUGGUGGUGCAACUGUCAACAACCUCUUGAUGCAAAUUCAGGCGGAUUUGUUGGGAAGCCCAGUGAUAAGACCAGCUGACAUAGAAACAACAGCUCUUGGAGCAGCCUAUGCUGCGGGAUUAGGAGUCGGAAUUUGGAAAGAAGAGGAUAUUCUUGGUUCAAAUGAAAAGGCUAAAAUUUCAACCACUUUCCAUCCCAAGUUAGAUGAACCAACAAGGAAGAAGAAGGUGGAGUGUUGGUGCAAAGCUGUUGAAAGGACUUUUGGCUUGGCUGAGCUUAACAUUUGAUGCAAUGCUCAAUCUUCGUCUCUUUUAUGGUUUUUGACAUCUUAAAAACAAUGUUUAGUCCCUUCAGUACUUUCUUCUAAUUACUGGCAUUAUCAACUGCUACUUAUUAUAUUGAGUUAAUAAUUGAUAAUAACCUCU